CCCGUGCAGCGCGGGAUCAUCACGUACCGGCUAUCGAGCAACCGGCUGAGCCCGCUGGCGCACGCCGGCCACAACGCCAUCUUCAACACUUUUCGCCGCUCGAGGAGCCAGUUCCUCUAUGUCGUGCCCCCGUUCCUGCUGGCGUAUGGGUUGAUGAGCUGGGCUGAGGAGAGGUAUGUUAUUUUUAAUUUUGUUUCUCCCGUCUGA